CAUUAGAGGUCGACACUGCACGUGCAUCCCUCAAACUGGUGGUUUUGCGCAUGCGUAAACUAUCAGCGGCAGGUUAACUCUACCAUGGCGGCGAGAGGCCAUGUGCAAGACCCAAACGACAGACGGCUCAGACCCAUUUACGAUUAUCUUGACAAUGGCAAUAAUAAAAUGGCAAUUCAACAAGCAGACAAACUGCUUAAGAAGCACAAAGAACUGCAUUGUGCAAAGGUCCUCAAAGCUAUUGGACUGCAAAGAACUGGAAAGCAAGAUGAAGCUUUCACUCUAGCCCAAGAAGUAGCCACACUUGAGCCCACUGACGAUAACUCACUUCAGGCGUUGACUAUCUUAUACAGGGAGAUGCAUAGACCUGAGUUGGUUACUAAGUUGUAUGAAGCUGCAGUAAAGAAGGUUCCUCUCAGUGAGGAGUAUCAUUCUCACCUCUUCAUGGCUUAUGCACGAGUUGGAGAGUACAAAAAGAUGCAACAGGCAGGAAUGGCCCUAUAUAAAAUUGUACCUAAAAAUCCUUAUUACUUUUGGUCUGUCAUGAGUUUGGUUAUGCAGGCCAUAUCAGCAGAGGAUGAGAAGUUGGCCCUUACUAUGUUCUUACCUCUUGCUGAACGCAUGGUGGAGAAAAUGGUCAAAGAAGAGAAGAUCGAAGCUGAAGCAGAGGUCCAGCUGUAUUUUAUGAUCCUGGAACGUUUGGGAAAGUGUGAGGAGGCCCUUAAAAUUAUUAAAGGACCACUUGGAGAGAAACUGACCAGUGAAUUUCAAAGUCGAGAGAAUAAAUGUAUGAUGCUCUACCAGCGACUUCAACGUUGGCCUGAGUGCAAUGCCCUAGCACAUAAGCUGUUACUCAAAAACCCUGAUGAAUGGCAAUAUUAUGGCUUUUACUUCACUUCUCUUUUCCACAUAUUGGACCAGUCAUGGUGUCCACCUGAAGAAGGGGAACACUGCUCUGAGGGCCCUGUUCAUCACACUGUGACUGAAGUAGCAAGGUUUGUGGAGGAGAGAAUCGAAGGUGAGGACAGCAAAGAGUCCCGUGCUUUGAGAGGCCCCUAUUUGGCUCGUCUAGAGUUACUGCACAGACUAAGAGAACGUGGCUCCCCAGAUGAAAGUUUGAUAGGUGAUCCAUUAGAAUUGAUGGUGCAGUUUUUUGUAAAGUUUGGGGACAAACCUUGUUGCAUCACAGAUUUGAAAAUAUAUCUACAUCUCUUAUCUCCUGAACAACAUGUUCAGUUUAUUAAUCGCUUGAGUGAAGCUGUUCCAUUAGGGGAAUCUGGAGAAGGGUAUGCAUUUCCGGAGGAUACCAAAGCUCUUCAGAGGCAUUUGUGCCUUUGUCAGUUAAGUCGUGCACUCGGCCUGCAUCACUCUCUUGAUGUGGAUGGUAAACUAAAGCUUACCUUGGAGCUGAAAGCGCGUUAUCAUCAUGGACUAAUAUUUGGGAAAUAUGCUUUGAAGACAGAACUGCAGUUUUCUGACAUGUAUUGUCUCAUGGCAGCUCAUGUCUACAUAGAUCUAUGGAUUGAAACAGGGAAUGAAAACAUGGUGUGGCACUGUUUGGGCAUUCUUCAUGAAGGCCUUUCUCACAGUUCUUCUAACGCACAGUUUAAGUUACUGCUACUGCUUCUUUACUGCCGCUUGGGCGCUUUUGAACCUGUCGUAGACCUAUACUCCAGCCUGGAUGCCAAACAUGUACAGCAUGACACAAUAGGGUAUCUUUUGACACGUUAUGCUGAGUCUUUGGGUCAGUUUGCUGCUGCUUCCCAGGCUUGUAACUUCUCCCUCAGGUUUUUCCACUCUAACCAGAAAGAUACCUCAGAAUAUAUUAUCCAGGCAUAUAAGUAUGGUGCUUUUGAGAAGAUCCCAGAGUUCAUUGCCCUCAGGAACAGGUUAAACCAAUCACUGCACUUUGCUCAAAUCCGCACAGAGAGGAUGUUGCUGGAUCUUACCUUGGAGGCUGACAUUGUGUUAAGCCUGGAAGAGAGUGUGAAGGCCAUGUCUUUGACUGCAGAAGAAGAUGAUAUCCCAUGGAAUAAUUUAAGGGACAACCGAGAUCUUACAGUUUUUACCUGCUGGGACCCUAAGGAUCGACAAUUAAGUGAGGAGAACCGGCACCAAUCUUUGGAGGAAGAGUCUGUUUGGCUGAAGAUACGCUCAUUAACUCUCCGCCUUAUAGCCUGCUUAGCAACCCUUGGACACACACCGUCCACUCAAAACUCUGCCCUGACCAGUGAGAAUGGUAUCGGGGACAAAACCUCAACAAUGAGUGCUCUGCUGUCUCGACUCAACCAGACACUACAGUCAGCAAUUCAGUUGGCAGAAAAAAAAUUGCAGUAUCCGCUGUUGGGACCACCCUCUACUCGACUGACUGCAGCUCUGUCUAUUGGAAGCUGUCAGUGCCAGUCAGCUGCUUUCCAACUAGCUGUUCGUUUACAGGAGCUUGAGUCUGCUGGUCUUGAUGAGUCCACAGAGCUUCAAGCACAGAUUUGUAAUGUUUUCCAGUCCUUAACAGUUCAACUUCAAGAAAUGCUAAAUAAAUGUAAGGGGGAUUUAUUGGAAAUUAAAAUGAGCGUAUUAAAAACCAGACCACCCCUAUUAGAAAAUCUAGUUUUCUUUGUAGAGACCAUGUGUGUUGUGCUAUGGGUGGCAAGCUACUGUGCCAAGAUUCUUCGACCACUAAAGACAAGUCUACAGAAAAAGAAAAAGAAGAAAAAGGAUGUCAGCACUGCUCUGCCAGCAGUGGUUUGUGGAUUCCAGGAGCUAACAGGGAGUUUGCUGGAUUUGCUUACCCAGGCUUCAGAGCAUGUUAGAGGACAGGAAUUGAACAUCACAUCCUUUAAACUUGCCAGUUUGAACCUGGAAGGAUACUCGCAGGAAGAGACAUCGUUUACAAAGUCUGCUAUGGACAAAGUGCAAAGUAGUUACAUUCGUUCACUACAAGAAGUGGGGGAUUUACUCAAAAAGAGGGCAGAAACUCUAAAGAAUCUUAAGGUCUGAAAGUCAUCAUGAAUCAUUGACUGUCCUAAUAUCUGAAAGCCCUACAACAUCAUCUGCUGUCAGGCCAUAUGUUGUGUUGGUCAAACAAAAGUCUAUGCUGAUCCAUUUCCUACGUCUGCUUUUCCUCCCUGGGGUUUGAGAAUUCACAAGCCAAGACAUUUUUCAAGGCUACACUAUGCUGAACUGGGAGAAUCCAACCAACAAGUUUAAACAAUUGUAAUUACCAUUACAGAUUUUAUUAUUAGAGAAAUAUCGAGAAAUGAGCAGAUUGACCCAAUUAUGUGACAUUUUAGGCAAAUUAAUCAUAUUAUCUGUACCCUUUGCACAAUUCAACAAUAUACACUCAUUUAUGUUUCAUGUCCCUCUCAUUUUUGUGUCACUCCAAUAAAAUGUAUGGUCCACAUGAGGUUAUUCUAUUUAGAUCUGGCCUACAGCUUUGCAGCUACACUUCCAACAUUUGUCAUUAAGGACAACAU